AUGGCCUUCACAGGCUACCCAGGAGGCUACCCGGCUACAGCCCCGACCUAUACACAGAACAUCUAUCAAACAGGCAGUCCUGGGUAUCCACCAGGAUAUACCACAGCAGGCACCCCGUAUAAAGUGCCUCCCACUCAAACAAAUGGAGCACCCCCUCCCUACACCCCCACCCCCACCCAGUACCACACAGCCAUGUACCCCAUCCGCAGUGCCUAUCCUCAGCAGAACAUCUACGCACAGGGGGCGUACUACACUCAGCCCAUGUAUGCGGCGCAGCCACAUGUCAUCCAUCACACUACAGUGGUGCAGCCCAACAGCAUCCCCUCCACAGCCCUGUACCCCGCCCCGGUGCCCGUACAGGCGCCCCGCAACAACGGCAUGGCUGCCAUGGGGAUGGUGGCCGGGACAACCAUGGCCAUGAGCGCAGGGACUCUGCUAACGACACCCCAGCAUGCUCCCAUUGGCGCACACCCCAGCCCACCUUCAUAUCUGGAGUCCACCAUUGACUGGAAGUGCAGCAGAAGCAGCUCAAAGAGCACGUCCCUCAAGGCUGUGAAGAUGCCUCUCUCCACUAUAUUCACAACACCGUCUCUCAUCCCAGAAGUCUUUAGUUUGGACCAGACAGAGUCCAACACGACAGACCUGCUCAGUGUUACAGACAUAGCUGAUCCACACAACAGCAGCCACUUCGAUCGGUAUGCACUGCCCCGCUGCACUUACAAGGAGGACUUCAAACAGAUUCUACUGCCGGCCGUCUACAGCUUGGUCUUUGUCCUUGGACUUCCUCUGAACGCUGCGGUGAUUCAGAAGAUAUGGAGAAAGAGGCCCAACCUGUCACGGAACAAUAUUUACACCCUGAACUUGGCCAUAGCCGACCUGCUGUACGUCAUGUCUCUUCCACUGCUCAUCUAUAACUAUGGCAGUCACGACUACUGGCCCUUUGGGGAGUUUACCUGUAAGAUGGUCCGCUUUCAGUUCUACAGUAACCUCCACGGCAGCAUCUUGUUCCUGACCUGCAUAAGUGUCCAGCGCUAUGUGGGCAUAUGCCACCCUAUGGCCCUGUGGCACAAGCGCGGUGGGCGGAAGCUGGCGUGGCGUGUGUGCGGAGGGGUGUGGCUGGUGGUCAUCUUGCUGUGCGCCCCCACUUUCCACUUUGCCGCCACCGGGAUCCAGAGAAACCGGACCGUGUGCUAUGACUUAAGUACCCCGAAGCACUCUCUGAACUACUACCCGUACGGCAUGGCGCUGACCUUCCUGGGCUUCAUGCUGCCGUUCUCGGGCAUUAUGCUGUGCUACUGUCGCAUGGCCCAUUUUCUCUGCCGACCUGUGACCUAUCAAGGCGUUGCAAUGGCCAGCCGCGAGAAAAAGGACAAGGCGGUCAGGAUGAUCGUUGUCGUGGCCACGGUUUUCUGCAUUAGUUUCUUGCCGUUUCACCUGACCAAGACCAUGUACUUGUUGGUGCGUACUUUCCCCGAUGUGCCCUGUCAAACCAAAAACUUGUUCGCUAUCAUUUACAAAAGCACCCGGCCGUUCGCCAGCAUGAACAGUUUCCUGGAUCCUAUUCUGUUUUAUUUCACACAGCCGCGGUACAGAAAGAGUACGAAACGAUUUAUGCUCAAAGUCACAACGCUGAGAGAAAAGGGCACCACGGUAUGA